AUGGCAUCAUCUUCAAGGGCUGUGCUUAAAGUAGCCGUCGAGCAGUGGGUGCCGUACACGCUAGUGACGGAGGUCAACGGGACGAUGACUGUUGGGGGACCGAUGGGUAAACUCCUGGAUAGCUUCUCCAGGAUCUUCAACGUCGAUUACAUGUUUGUGCAGCCCUCCGACAAGGCAUGGGGACAAAAGUACCCCAACGGCUCCUGGGACGGCAUGAUUGGCCAACUGCAGAGGCGGGAAGUGGAGUUCGCCGUGGGCCCGUUCGGCGUGACCCACCUCAGGGAGGAAGUGUGUGACUUCACGGAAUCCAUGCACAGCGAGAACAACGCCAUCUUCAUGGUGCGCCCUACCCUGCAGACCGACAUGGCGGGGUUCGUGAAGCCCUUCACAGUGAAGGUAUGGGUGCUGGCGCUGGUGAGCCUGGCGGUGGUGGUGGUGGUGAUGGCGUGGGUGGCGGCGGCGGAGGUGCGUCUCUUCGGGUCGUCGUGGCGCUGGAGCCUCACCAAGGCCACCGUCUGGGGCCUCAAGGUGUUCACGCAGGAGGGCUCGGUUGAUGUGCCGCCCUUUGAUGGCAGCCGCCUGUUGGCCGCAGUGUGGCUGCUGGCGUCCUUUGUGUUUAUGUCCUCCUACGGCGGCAUCCUCACUGCCAUGCUCACCGUGCCUCGGGUCACCAUCCCCAUCGACUCCCUUGAAGACCUGGCGGCCCAGGACGACCUGCCGUGGAAGAUGGAGAAGUCGUCCAUGACAUACCAAUACUUUAGUGAGGCGAAGGACGGUGUGAGGAAGAAGGUGUUUGACGGCCUUGCGGGAACCAUCAUUGACUGUUGGAAGUCACGGCAUGACGUGGCUAGCGGGCAGUUCGCGGCCAUCUGUGACAGGACCACCAUGAAGAAGGUCAUGUCGUGGGAUUUCAGCACCACCGGCAAGUGUCACACGUACAUCUCCACCGAAAACGUAUUCAGCAACAUCCAGAUCGCCAUGGCCUUCCAGACAAACUCAACCUAUCGCGAGGGAGCGAACCAAAUCAUCCGCAGCUUCAAGCAAGCGGGCAUCCUUGACAUGUGGCUGGGCGCCGAGAUAACCAAUAUCAGCCAGUGCCUCCGCUCGCCCAUUGCAGACCGCAGUGAAGGCCUCUUCAGGCUGAGCAUGGGGGACCUGGCCGGCUCCUUUCUCCUGCUGGCGGGAGGUCUGGCGGCGGCCGCGGCUGCCUUUCUCCUGGAGGCGGCGACAUCACUGUGCUGA